CAGUUUGUCCGAGGCAGCAUUUACAGUGCUAUUAAAAUGAUCAACAACGCUUAAAAUUUUCCCUCGUUAUGGGAAGGAUUCAUUCUAACUGUAUCGUACCACUCGUAUUCACUGGAGGAUUUAACCGACCAGCAAAAGCGGAACUAUGUACCGCCGGCCCUUCACGCAUUGGAACACACAUUACAAUCGAAACAAGAAGAAAUCCAAAACGGCAAACAUUAUUUGCUACUCCCUCAACUCCCCGGUUUUGCCAUUUCAACUUGCAUAUGGUUUUCGUCAGCUUGGUCGAUAUACAAUCGAUUCGUUACAGCAACAUUCCCACCACCUGGCCUCAGUGUAACGUUUUUCAACAGAAUCAACUAACAAUUAACCUCAACCCGGACUGUGCGGAUCUCUUUACGGUCCCGAUACGCGAUAAAUAUGCCUGCCAGCUGUUGGGACUGUCGGCCGGUGGUAAAGGAAGGAAAGCAUUGCUUGCAGCCCUUGCACACGUAGGCAAAUUCCGAUACGGACCAAAUGAACCAACGUACGAUUACUACCGGCUGUCCCUGGCGGAGAAAGUAUUGCAUCUGUAUUUCGCCACCUUUCCACCAUAUCCACAUAACGGAGGUUACGUGAUGUUCCUGAAAAGCAAAAUCUGUGCACCGGCGAAUGUUGAUGAUGUGUGGCUAGGACGGUUUAACUAUUAUGUUCAUACGAAACCGCCAAGACGAUACGUUGAAGAAAUGGUUGACGAGAACAACACAAACAAGCAAGGAGACAUGUUGGCCAUUCUGUUGUUGCCUGGCAUAGCGCGUAGAAUGAAAUCUUUGAGAGAAAAAUUGAGGCAAGCGAACGAUGAAUAGGUAAUUGAUAUUAUUUAAAUGUUAUUUAUAUAGGGUAUAUGUAUAAUCCUCAUGAUGCGCUGUUUUUGUGAAAAUUAUUUCCAAACAGCAGCACCGAUUUGUAUUUAAUUUUCCUUUAGCCUUUACUAAACCAAGUCACAUGUUAAGUUAAAGUUCUAAUAUAUUUCCUUUAAUCACGCACGCAAUACAACAAUGUUAGGCGAAUGAGAAUCAUUGCAUCAAUAAAGUAGAUAGGUUUUACUUGACGAAA